AUGGAGAAAUUGAAGCUGCACAAAAGUGAAAUAAUCCUCUACUUCGGUGUUUAUGUCGUCUAUAUCGGCUAUCAGCUAUGGUCGCUGAUCAAUUCGCGGCAUAAAAUACUUGCCAUAGCACAAUAUGAAUUUCCUCAGGGAUGGACUUUUCUCAAUUCUCGAAAGGACGAUACAAAUGAUGAAUUUUAUGCCUUCACCGAAUACAUUAAACAAUACUGGCCUUGGUACAUCUUUCAUUUUACCAUCAGCACCAUCAUACGGAGAUCUAAUCCAAGGUGGCAAAGUAUCGGAUUUGUUGUGGUCACAUGUAUCAUAUUGAGUUGUACAAUGAAGUUAAUAUCAAUAGCAUUGAUCUGUAGCCUUGUCAUUUCAUAUUAUUUGGUGGCACAGAAGCACUCGAAGGUGUACGUGUGGCUACUUUCGCUCUUGUGGAUGGUGGUUAUGAUUUUUAUGAAAUCCAAUAAAAUCUUGCGAGAAAAUAUGGGUUACAUGGAAUUCCAUUACGUAAUGGUAACAUUGUGUUGGUGUAUUCUUAGAGGUUGCAGUUACGGUUUACAACUGGCAAAGUGCAUUGCAAACAGAGAACCCGAUAUCGAAAGAAAAUAUUCGUUUGUUAAUUUUCUGGGUUAUAGUUUUUAUUUUCCUUGCUUCACCUUGGGACCAUUUAUGGGCUAUCAUCGUUAUACACCAUCUGAUGAAAUUGCUUGUGAGAAAUUCACAUUUAAAUUAUUUUUGUGGCACAUUGCGAGAGUGGCAUUUUGGUGGUUAGUUUUGGAAAUUGCAAUACAUUAUGUUUAUGUCCAUUACAUGGCCUUGGAUAUUGAAGCCAUCAAGGUGCUGGACACCAAGUUUGGUUUGUAUGCAGUUGGCUAUUUUAUGGGUCAAUUCUUUUUUAUGCAUUAUAUAAUAGUUUAUGGACUGGGCAUAGCCUUUGCCCAAUAUGAUGGCCUACGACCACCAAGAAAACCAAGAUGUAUUGGUUUGGUACAUCAUUAUUCAGAUAUGUGGAAAUACUUUGAUGAGGGUCUCUAUGAAUUUCUAUUUACCCACAUUUAUGCAGAGCUGUGUAGUAAAAAUUCCUCAGCUUUAAGAAAAAUCCUUUCGACAGCUGCCACAUUUUCAUUUGUAUUUUUAUGGCACGGUCACUACUGGUAUGUUUUUGUAUGGAGUCUCUUGAAUUUCAUAUGUUUGGUUUUGGAAAAGGUACUUAAAACGUUGACCUCAUCAUUGUGGUAUAAUAAAGUAAUGCGAGAAAAUUGCGGGCUAGGCGAGGGAGGUAUUCAGCGGUUUAAUGCAUUUUUGGGUUCACAAAUAUUUAUACCAGCUGCCUUUUCAAAUUGUUAUUUUAUUAGUGGGCUGGAUGUGGGGCAUUUUCUCAUACAUGAAGCUUAUUUGGGUGGUUGGUGGAAUUAUGUGACCUUAUCAUUUUGUACCUAUUGUUUCUAUCAGUGUUGUGAAAUUGUACAACACAAUAGACAUGAAUCUAAUCGAAAAUGA